CAACACAAAACCUCAAGCUUUUCACUUCAAUUUGUGUGGGAUCUGUUGUAUUUUUGGUGUGGCUAUUGGGAUUUCUCUCUCAUGGCUUCAAGAAGGGCUGGAAGUAAAAGGGAAAAAGUGGGUAGUUCUAGCACCGGUGGUCAAGCUCAAGAAGAAGGUAACAUCUCCCAAUCAAAUCUCUUUUUGGAUACCCAAGCCUCUGCACAGGAACUUGGGUGGAAGGAUUAUAUAGAAAUUAAAGAGCCUGUGUACUAUGAAGUUGUUCAUCAAUUUUAUGCUAAUCUAAAACCAAGAGGGAAUAAAUGCAAAACUAUGGUUGCUGGGGUGUCAUUUCAAUUUUCACCAAGGGAUAUUUGUGCUGUAUUAGAUAUACCUGAAAGAGGAGAUGAUGAGUUUCUAGAUGUGAAUCAUGCCUUAGUUAGAGCCACAAUUGCCCCCAAUUGCACUGAAAAUCAAAUUAAAGUGGGGUCUCUUACACCAGAGAAUAGAGCAUUGCAGUGGAUUAUAUCUCGCAUUAUUGCUCAGAGGAAGGGUUCUAAAUCUUAUGUUCUUGCCAGUGAUCUUCCCUGGUUAGACUAUCUUCUUAACGGAAAAAGGGUGAACCUAGGAAGAUUCAUUUUCUGGAGUAUAAUCAAGCCUUACUCACCAACUACGGGAUUUCCUCAUGGUGCUUUAAUUACCAGAUUGGUGAAGAGGAACAAUAUUGAUCUUACAUCCUUUAGGUUUGGAACGGUUCUCGGUGGGACUACACUUACCAAAGCUUUUUUUGAAAAAAUGGACUGUUUGUUUAGAAAUGACAUUUGGAUAAAGAAAGGGGAACAAGAAGGGGAUGAAGAAGAAGGUGAUACAGAUCAAGAAAUGGCAAAACAAGGGGCAGAAGAACAUGAAGGUGACAGCCCAAGACCAUUUCGAGUCUCCAUGCAAAGAACUAACUGUGAAACCAUGGAGUUAAUGAUAUCUGAGAUGCAGCAGCUACACAUCGACCUUUAUGGUUUCCGGACAGAAAUGAGAGAGAGAAUGACUAAUGUGGAAGGAAAGCUUGAUCAGCUUGUUAACCAUUUUUUUCCUCCACCCCCCACCUAGUGCCACCUAACUUGAUAUUUCUUUAGUUUGGCUAAUCUUUAGGAUGGACAUCUUAGGGUUAUGCAUGUUAUGCUUUUAUUUGUCUAUGGAUAUUUCUUGAACCUUUUUAUUUUGUUUUAUGAAUGGAAAUGGCAUGACUUGUGUUAUCAUGCUUUGUGAAUGGUUGUUUAUGAUUUUGAUGAUUAUAUGCUCUUAUUGAGGGGGAGUUUAUUGAUUGAUGAUUAUAUUCAUUACAUAUUCUUGAUAUUUUAAAGGUUGAUAGCAUGAAUUAAGGGGGAGCAUUUUG